AUGCAGGUUAAACUAUUAUCUGAGUGUUUUGAAAAAUCCAUUGACACAAAAGAAAUUACUUUAUAUAAUCAUACGGAUUUUAAGAAUAAAACUGAAGUUGGCUCUGGAGCAUUCGCUUCAGUUUUUACUGUUAAUUUGAAAAAUGAAACAUUUGCAAUUAAAAAAUUCAACAAAAUUACAAGUAUGAAAGAAAUUGUCAAUGAGAUCGAAUUAAUGAAAAAAGUUAAUUCUCAUCCUAAUAUUAUCAAAUUUUGGGGAAUUACAAUACAUUCAUCCGGUGUAUUAUUCUGGGAAUUAACAAGUCGCUCACCACCUUUCGACACUGAGAAUUUUAAUAUGGCAGAUAUUUUCAUUGGUAAAAGGGAAAAACCUAUUCCAAACACAAAUUCUAAAUUUGUUGAACUCUAUGAAAAAUGUUGGCAUCAUAAUUCAGAUAAAAGACCAAAUAUUCGUCAAGUAAUUUUAGAACUUAAUAAUAUUGCUACGGAAAAUACUUAUUAUAUAAAAGUUGAUAAUGAUAAUAUGGAUAUUGACGAAAAGCAAUUGCAUGAAGAAAUGAUUAUUAAUGAAGAGCAUAAUUUAGUAGUUCCAGACGACUUAACUGGGUACACAUUUAAUAAGAAUAAUAGUUCUUCUGCCUACAGAAAUUUAUAUAUCCCUCCCUUUAAUAAAGUUAAUAUGCAAGGUUUAAAUCAGAAAAUCGAUUUUUCAAGUAUCGAUGCUCAAAAUAUUAUUGGAUCUAAAGAUUAUAAUUUAAAAUAUGAUCGGGUUAAAUUUAUUUAUGAAGUUAUUGAGAAAGCAUUAUCACUUCUAGACACUAAAGCUUUCAAAAUUACAGAUGAUAGAGCUCAAUUUUUACGAGAUAUUAUUCAGAAGGAUAAUACUUUAACUAAAAAAGAAAAGUUAAUAGCUAUUGAAAUUACUGAUCCGCCAUAUUUUUUUAUAGUUUUUACUAUUAGGAAAGCCAUAUCGCUUUUGGAUCCUAAAAUUUAUACUUCUAAUAGACUUCGAUUUUUACAAGAUAUUAUUCAAGAGGAUGAUAUUUUAGCUGAUAGUGAAAAAGCUAUAGCUAUCAAAUUGACUAAUUCAGAAUUAGAUCGUAUUAAUAAAAUUUUUAAAGAAAUGAAAACACCUUUAGAUCCAGAAAUACACAAAAUUAUGAAUGAGAUAACUCAACUUGUACUCGAUUCAAUUCAAAAGGACGAUACAUAUCAUGAUUAUGCAAGUAGAGAAUUUAAAUGGGAAACUUUUAAGAGCAAAAAGCGUCAAAGUACUGAUAAUAAUGAUACAACGAAUAGAGAAAGAGUUGAAGAUACCCCCCAAUCACAGGACGAUAAUGGAGUAUCAGGUGCAUCAAAUAUAAUGACAAAUGAGGCUGCAUCAGAAAUCUGUGUUGCAUCAACAAAAGAUAUUUUCAAUGGUAAAAGAGAGAAACCUAUUCUAAAUACUAAUUCCAAAUUUGUUGAGCUUUAUGAAAAAUGCUGGCAACUUGAACCAGUUGAAAGACCAAAUAUUUCUCAAGUAAUUUUAGAGCUUAAUAAUAUUCGAGAGGAUGAUGACAUUAAAUCAACAUGGAUGCCUUUGAAGGAUAGAAAAAAUAGUUUAAGUUCCAAUAAUAUAGAUUCGAAGUAUCCUCGUAUCAAAGUUAGCUUGGAUGAUUCAGUUAUGGAUGUAGAUUCCAGUUCCCUUCCGUCAAUGGAUUAUUCACAGGAGACAAUUUUUCAAUAUGAAAAUAAAGUAUCAAGCGAAUUAAAAAUGCAUUUAAAUAAUAAUUUGGAAAAAGAAAUGGAGGCCGAACAUAAUAAACAAUUAUGUAGUGCUCUUUUACAAAGGUAUAAUUGUGCAAUUGCUGCAGUAAGAGAUUUAAAUAUUAGAAAAACCGAAAACAUGAAAGAUGAACUUGCAACAAUACAACAUGAUGUAAGCCAAAUCAAAGAUAUAUUGACCGUUGUUCAUGGCGUCUCUGAAGAUAAUCAAUCUCAACAGAAAUUCCUUACUGAAAUGGAUCGAUCGGCAAAUAUUUUAAUAAAUCAAGAUCACAAGGUUAGAAUAGCAAACUUUGGUCUAAGCAAAAAAUUUUCAGAUAUUACAAGAAAUAUUUCACAUAACCCAGAGAAUAUAAGGUAUAUGUCCCCAGAAAAAUUAUUAUAUGAUAAAAAUAACGAUAAAAGAAAAAAGGUUCCUUAUGAUACUAAAUGUGAAAUUUUCAGCGUUGGAGCAUUACUGUGGGAAAUUGCAGAAUUAAGAAAACCUCAUUCUGAUUUAGAUAAAUCAGAAAUACUCGGUAGUAUUAGAAAACGUAUACAAGAAAAGUAUUAUGAACCAUUUUCAGAUGAUGUGCCCUCUGAAUGGAAACAAAUCGUAUCUAGAGGUCCUCGUCAAUACACUAGUUCCAAUUCUAAUUUUGAAAAUAAAGCCUCGACGCCCAAUUAUUCUUCAGAGAUCUACAAGGAAAAUAUAUCAACAAAUAAUAAUCAAAGUUCAUCACCCGUAACUUUUAAAAUUCUCCCUGUUGGAGAUGCAAUUCGCGAACACAAAUCCAGUAAUGGAAGCAAACUAGUUGCAUGGAAUAGUUUCAAAUUUCACUCAAUAACCAAUGUUGAGGCAAAAUAUUGGGUAGGGUAUUAUUAUUUUCAUCAUGGUGAAGAUAUUCCUGAGUUACAACCCAUUAAUGAGGAAGAAAGGAUCAAAAAUGCCAUUGAUAUAUUUAAAGAAACUGCUGAUAAAGGAAAUCCUUCCGCUCAAUUAAGAUAUGGAAUGCAUUUAUGGCAAAAGGAAAAUAAUUAUAUCGAAGCUUUUAAAUAUUUAAAGAAUUCAGCUAAUUCAAAAGAUCCAGCAGCCAUGUUUAUCGUUGGAAAAGCUUAUUGGAAUGGUAUCAAUGGUAUUGUACAAGAUAAGGCACUAGGUGCCCAAUAUUUAAGAAGUGCUGCUUUGGCAGCUCAUCCUAAAGCUAAGAAAUUAUGUAGUGAAUAUGGAAUUUCUUUUUAA